AUGGGCGCUCCUUCCGGCACCACCGCUCCGCCCGCCGCGGCGCCUCUUCUAACAGUCUGCAUCUGUGGAGGCGGAAACGCAGCGCACGCAUCAGCCACCUGGAUGGGACAGAAGCACAAGAACAUCCGAGUCAACGUCUUGACUCGGCAACCUGAAAAGUGGCAGAAGGAGCUCCGCAUGGAGACAGAAGGCAGCCGCUGGGAGCAGCUCGGAGAUGUCUUCGGCACAGUCAACGCGGUCUCGUCCGACCCCGCCGACGUCGUGCCCGAGGCUGACGUGUGCAUCGUCUGCGCCCCCGCCCACGCGCACUUGCCCAUCCUGCAGAAAAUCCAGCCUCACUUGAAGGUCGGAGGCAUCGUCGGGGCUGUCUACGGCCAAGGCGGCUUCGAUUGGGCGAUGCUUCGCGCCUUCGAGUCUGAAGACGCGCGCAAGAGACUUGGCGGCUACUUCGCGCUCCAGAACCUCCCGUGGCUCUGCCGCACGCUCCACUACGGCUCCGUGGUGCAGCUCUACGGCCCCAAGGACUAUCUCAACACUGCGGUUGCCCCGAGAUCCGUGGCGGAGCCCGUCCGCCUCAUCAUCAGCAUGCUCUUCGACAUGCCUUGCAACUUGCUGCCGAAUUUCAUGUGCAUCACGCUCAGCCCGAGCAACCAGAUCAUCCACCCUGCCCGGUACUACUCGAUUUUCCACAAGUUCGACGGCAAGACGCCGCUGAAAGAGGAGGAAAUCCAGUGGGGACUGUACAACGAGUUUGACGACAUGGCCGCGGAGUGGCUCGAGAAGCUGAGCGUUGAGCUGCAGGCGAUCAAGAAGGCCCUGACCAACAGAUUCCCCCAUCUCGACCUCUCCAGCGUGAUGCCCAUCAAGGAGCGCGUCAUCAAGCACUACGGCAAAGACGUCAAAGACACCUCGACCUUGCAGCGCGUGUUUGCGUCCAACCGAGGCUACGCAGGCUGCCGCACCCCGGCGACCCCUGUUGACGGAGGCUACGUUCCCGCGGUCACCGGCCGUCUGUUUACGGAGGACGUGCCGUUUGGCCUUUGCGUGCUGAAGGAUCUCGCGGAGCAGCUGAACGUUGCGACGCCGACGAUUGACUUCAUGAUUGUGUGGCACCAGAACCUUAUGGGCAAGGAGUACCUGAAGGACGGCAAACUGAAUCCGGCACUGAUUCCCGAGACCUCUUGCGCGCGCGCGUACGGCUUCACCACCCCGGAGGAGGUGGUGGCCCCGUCGCUCCUGGCGCAGGAAGUGGAGCUCCCCUUCACGCGGAUGGACAUGCUUGGCAGAGCGGCCCAGUAA